UCUUUUCUCUUCAGCGCUGGUUCGAUCUUCAUCUGCUCCGCUCCAAUAUUUUUCCGAUGGUCCCAAAGCGUUAUCGUCCGUUAGCUUUCUUCAAAACUUGCGUCGAAAAAGCAAGGGAACAGGAGACCCUCGAUCCUAAGGUGAACAACUGCCCAUAGGCAGUCUAAGAAGUCGGCGUUAUAUUUCACUAUUUAUUUCUUUGUGUGUGUGUGUGCAAGUGCGCGUUGAUCUCAGCCAUUUACAAUUUAGAUUGACUCGCGUCAAUCGAUCCUGAAAAUUUUAAAUCCUAUUAAGCUGGCAGUUCAAGGCGAAUUUAGAGGCGUUCUCGAGGAAGAACGUGAAAAGGGGUAAGCCCAUUCUAAAGACAUACAGACUGAACUCUCUACAUCGAAGCAGAAAUGGCCCGUGAAUUUUUGGACACAGAAGGACCCCAGAACAGGUGUGCAGUCGUCCGACAGAUGAGUGCCCCUGCAGGAUACAGUACCCCGAUUCCAGUGCCCAUUACAGCACCAGGAAAUUUGCAGUGCCCACUGGAAUUCUGGAUUCAGACGGAAACUACUCCACUGUUGUUUGCUGGUCCCAAAGGACCUCUUCCACCGAAAGGCGAUUUUGUGGUACAAGGAGACAGUUUAUUGAAACAUAAAAAUGAAACAGACAGUGAAGAAGACGACAGCAGUGAAGUGGACGACGAGAGAGCAGAGACUGUAUUUUCCAUAGCUUGUCAAGUAUUCGUUCCUUUCAUGAUUGCAGGAUUCGGCACCGUGGCCGCUGGUCUGCUGCUGGACAUUGUGCAGCACUGGGAUGUAUUUCAAGAAGUUCCGGAAAUGUUCGUUUUAGUGCCCGCUUUGCUUGGCCUUAAAGGCAACCUUGAAAUGACUUUGGCUUCUAGAAUCUCUACGUUGGCUAAUCUUGGAACAAUAGACACACCGAAAGAACAAUGGAGAAUGGCACUCGGAAAUAUAACCCUCCUGCAGUGUCAGUCUUUAGUCCUGGGCCUGAUUGCAUCCGCAUUUGCCUCUAUUGUUGGCUGGAUCCGCGAAGGGGAGUUUAACAUCCACAACGUACUCCUUCUCACUUCUAGCAGUUUGGUGACAGCCUCGGCAGCCAGUUUCGCUCUCGGUUCCAUCACCAUCUUUGUGGUUGUGUUUUCACGGAAAGUGAACGUCAAUCCAGACAACGUCGCCGCUCCGAUUUCUGCAUCAUUGGGAGAUGUGGUCACGCUCGCUCUAUUAUCUUUCAUUUCGAGGUUCAUCUUCACUCGUUCAGGCCAGUACGUUUGGGUGGAAGCUGCGGUGGUGAUUGGACUGCUGUGUCUCAUUCCCUUGUGGGCAAUCUUGUCUUACCGAAACAUCUACACCAGGCAUGUUUUGUAUUCUGGAUGGAUCCCGAUCAUCAGUGCAGUGGCCAUCUCCAGCGGUGGAGGUUAUAUCCUUAAUUUUGCUGUUGCAAGAUUUAAAGAGAUCGCAGCUUGUCAACCCGUCAUCAAUGGAGUAGGUGGAAACUUAGUUGCAGUUCAGGCCUGUAGGAUUUCAACGUAUCUUCACCAAAAUGCGAAACCAGGAGCGCUAUCCAAAGAAGAACUAUGUGUCAGCCCUUUCGUAGCUUGGUUGGGAAAAAAUGUCCAUGCUCGCACUUGCCGUAUCCUCAUAUUUAUUGCCAUUCCUGGCCACCUGAUCUUCAUUUCCUGCGUUCACUUUUUAAAAAGCACCUACACUCCUUUGACGGUGGAGUUCCUGCUCUUCUAUCUCAUAGCCGCCCUCCUUCAAGUGGCCAUCCUGCUCUACAUGGCCCACUGCUUCGUCCACUGGCUCUGGAAGUGGGGAUUUGAUCCUGACGAUGCGGCCAUUCCGUACUUGACAGCUUUCGGGGACCUUCUGGGAACGGGAUUUCUCCUCGUGGCCUUCCUCGCAAUGGAUGCCCUGUAAAUGAAGAGUUGCAGUUCGACGGUUCGAUACGCGCUUCUAAAUUGUAAAAAGCACGAACUCGAAUGCUAGUCAAUUUAUAAUAAGCAGCUAAUUAUAUAUUAGAUCACCAAAUGCUAAAAUGCUUAAAUCUAAAAAUGCAUUCUUUCGUUUUUGUGCAAUUAAACAUAAAUAUUUAUGUAUUUUUUUAUCCACAAGGAAAUAAAAGCGCACUUUUAUACUUUCA